AUGGCUAUGGAACAGGAAUCCGGUAGCGAAUUCUUCCAAGGUGGUUCCAGGGAGUCUAUUCAUCGAGAUCAGAGUCUAGCGGAACCUGCUGAAAAGUACAAAGCGGCGACAUCACCCUCAGGAGUUUUGCACAAGCAAGAAGACGCUAGGACGGCACUUGGAGACUUGGGAAUGAGGCAAGAAGUUCAUCCGCCAUCGCCUGUUUCUCGCGAAACACCUGCACGGCUUACUCAAGAGGAGCUCGACCACAUCGACAGAAUUAACAAGAUGGCCAUGGGAGAAGGAGGAGCCGGAGUGCCCAGGUUUGUUCUUCAUUUCAUGAGAAAGGUGCAGCUGGAGAACAAGAGAGAGCAGUUUGUGACGGUGAAUGAUCGCCGAGAAGAUCAGACGUCUCCCGUAAGCAGCACCGGAUCACCAUGGGACCAGAGUGGUAUGAGUCAAAAAUCGAGCGGGUUUGACAUUCGCUCUAUACCUGAAAUGGUGAAUAAGCCGAAUCUCAGCCAGUGGUAUGAAGAGCAGUUGUCGUUCAUGAAAGAAUCAAUAGCUGAUGAAGAGGAUGAAAUGUAUCGUCCUAGUGAAGCGGAGCAUGAGCCAUCACCAGUUCGUCAAGAAGAAUAUGUUGAUGAGGACAAGUAUCGCGCGAAGAACCAAAUGCUAGUGAGCCUGAGACAGGCUCAUUCAUCAGUUACGAUCGAGUCCGCAGAAAAACUCACCGAUAGCCCUACAUCA